AUUUUUGAUUGAAAUUUAAAUUCCCCUCCCUCGCGAUGAGCAAUCGAUAAUACAGUUUACAGUUUAACCUAUACCAAAAUGGCCGGAAGAUGAUGAGGUUGGUAUAAUCGAGGUGCGGAUUUAUACUUAUUUACCCUUGGAGAAUAAAAUUCGAUAAUAAAAAAAUGGCAAUGAUUACUAAACCCAUGCUGGCUAUUGCCGCCGGCGUAUGUGGCACAAUUUUUGUCGGAUAUUGCAUUUAUUUCGAUCACAAAAGGCACCAGGAUCCUGACUUUAAAAAGAAACUGCGUGAACGACGGCGAGCUAAUAAGGAAAUGGCGUCGAGUCGGAAACAGGCGACCUCCACGUUUCCAGACAUGAAAGAUCACGAGGCCGUACAAAGAUUCUUCCUGCAGGAGGUGCAGCUUGGCGAAGAGCUGUUAGCGCAGGGCGACGUCACUAACGCCAUCGAUCAUUUAGCUAAUGCAGUUGCGGUGUGCGGACAGCCGAACGAGUUACUGCAGGUCCUGCAGCAGACUUUACCUCCGCAAGUUUUUCAUUUAUUAGUUCAGCGUUUACCGGCAAUCGCGCCUCGCGUGCUCAGGCAAGAGCGGCAGUUGCAGGAGGAGGACGUUGAAUAACAAUUGCGCAUGUUUAGUGAGACUGUAGAUCGUUCUAAUAAUGUACAUUUUCUCUAUUAAAAUAUUUUAUUCUUUAGCAAUA